AUGGCUUCAGAAGCAGCCUCCAAAGCGGAGGCUAAGCAGGAAGGAAUCAUCGAGACCACUCAAGCAGCAAACAGUGACCCCCAUUCCACCAUCCAGCCUGAACUGGCCGAAAAGAAGCUUGUUGAAGAAAGCCGCAAAGCAGGCAGUGUGGCCUUUCAAUUCAAUCCCGACGCCUCGCCAGAAGAGAAAGCCAAGGUGGCACAAGCGUCUCUUCCCCCGGGACUCAACCUUCCUAAGAAACCAAAUGGCGCUAGUCUAGUAUCAGAUAAGGAUAUAAGUGGUCCCGCUGACUACGACCUGCCUUCAACAAACAAGGCAACCGACCAGGUAGUGGAGGCUCCUUCGGUGAAAGAGAAUGAGCCCAAAACUGCUACCAACGGAGGUCUGGAUGAGACGAAACGCUGGGCACGGAACCGCACCGGAUGGGCUCCCCAGUUCGCCAAACCAGAUGUCACAUCAGACGAUGCAGAGACACUGUUGGAUCACCGGACCUUCUUGGAGGACAUUCUAAAUGACAAGUUCUUUGGAGACUGGCAUCAUAAUGCCGCCGUUAUUGUCUUUGCUUGCCUUACGUCUUGGAUCAUCGCUGUGCUCGGAGGCGGCCUAGGCUGGGUCUUUCUGGUAAUGGCUGCUUGUGGCACCUACUACCGAACGUCAGUUCGUCGCGUUCGCCGCAAUUUCCGUGACGACAUUCACAGAGAAAUGGCGAAACAGCGCCUGGAGACAGAUACCGAGAGUUUGGAAUGGAUCAACAGCUUUUUGGUCAAGUUCUGGCCAAUUUAUGCCCCCGUUCUCUGCGACACCAUCAUCAACACUGUCGACCAAGUGCUGAGCACAUCGACUCCAGCUUUCCUUGACAGCUUGCGCUUGAAAACAUUCGUCUUGGGUACUAAGCCUCCUCGCUUGGAGCACGUCAAAACUUAUCCCAAGACCGAGGUUGACACAGUCAUCAUGGACUGGAAAUUUAGCUUCACACCCAACGACACAAUGGACAUGACUUCACGCCAAAUCAAGGAUAAAAUCAACCCAAAAGUAGCCCUUGAAGUCCGAGUUGGCAAAGGUGUAGUCAGCCACGGUUUAGAUGUUAUUGUUGAAGACUUCGCAUUCUCUGGCUUGAUGCGAGUUAAAAUCAAGUUGCAGCUUGAAUUUCCCCACAUGGAACGUGUCGACAUUUGUUUCUUGGAACGUCCCGAAAUCGACUACGUUUGCAAGCCUCUUGGUGGCGAACAUCUUGGUUUCGAUAUCAACUUCAUCCCUGGUCUUGAAGGUUUUAUCAAAGAACAGAUUCAUGGUAACCUUGGUCCAAUGAUGUACGAGCCUAACGUUUUCCCAAUUGAGAUCGCGAAGAUGCUCGCAGGUAGUCCAGUUGAUAAGGCCAUUGGUGUUCUCGCUGUCACUGUUUCUUCUGCCGCCAAUCUGAAAGGAGCCGCACGAAUCGGUAACACCAUCGAUCCUUAUGCCUCCAUCUCUCUCAACAGCCGAAACGAACUUGCACGAACUAAGACCAUUCACGAUACGAGCAAUCCUCGUUGGAAUGAAACAUUGUACAUAAUCAUCACCUCAUUGACCGAUGCACUGACUAUUGCCGUGUUCGAUUAUAAUGAAUUCCGCAAGGAUCAAGAGCUGGGUAUUGCUACAUUCGCCCUUGACAAGCUUGAGUCGGAGCACGAGCAUGAGGGCUUGAAUUUGGAUGUCUCGUAUAGUGGUAGAAGCCGUGGCAUCUUGCACGCUGAUAUUCGAUUCUUUCCUGUCUUGGAGGGUCGAAAGCUGGAGAAUGGUACCGAAGAGCCAGCCCCGGAACUAAACACUGGUAUUGCACGUUUCACUGUUGAGCAAGCUAAGGAAUUGGAUGGCAGCAAGAGUUUUGUUGGAUCUCUCAACCCGUAUGCAGUCCUGUUAUUGAACGGGAAGGAGGUUCAUGUCACCAAAAAACUGAAACGCACAAACAACCCUAUUUUCCAAAACAAUUCGAAGGAAUUGCUCAUUACGGACCGCAAGAACGCUAAACUAGGGCUUGUCAUCAAGGAUGACCGCGAUUUGUCAACUGACCCCGUUAUUGGAAAAUACCAAAUAAAAUUAAAUGAUAUGCUCAAGAUGAUGGAAAAAGGUAACGAAUGGUAUCUCCUGUCUGGCGCCAAGAGUGGCCGUGUCAAAAUGAUGCUCGAUUGGAAACCUGUGGCUUUGCGAGGUAUCGCGGGUGGUGCCGGCUACGUCUCUCCUAUUGGUGUGGUUCGCAUUCACUUCAAGGGCGCCACUGAGUUACGCAAUUUCGAGACUAUGGGUAAAUCGGACCCAUAUGCCCGUGCUUUGCUGAACGGUGUCCCUAGUGGUCGCACUGUUACCUGGAGGAACAACCUCAACCCGACGUGGGAUGAAAUCAUCUACAUCCCUGUUCACAGUACACGGGAAAAGCUCACUCUGGAAGUCAUGGAUGAGGAAUCCAUGGGUAGAGAUCGUACCCUUGGUGAAGUUGAGGUUGCUUUGAAAGAUUACGUGCAUGAGGGUGAGAACGGCGAAUUCGAAGUCGAUGAUGAGAAGCAGGACAUGAAGAGUGGCCUUCGCAUGAAUGGACGUGGUGCAGCCAAGGGUCUUCUGAAUUACACCGUUGCAUUCUAUCCUACACUAAACGUCGUUGACCCCGAGGAAGAAGCUGAGGAGGCUGAACAAGAGGCAGCAGACCCCGAAGGUUCUCGUAAGAGCCUUGAUUCCACUGGCCGCAAAAGCUUGGAGCGUAAUAGUACUGAUGCUGGAAGAGUCAGCACGGAUGUCAAAUCCAAUGGACGACCCAGCAUUGAUACUGCUGCUUCUAAACGUACUAGCAACGGGGGCCCGACUUCUCCAACAUCUUCCCUAUCUGCCACUCGUCAAGAGAUUCCUAAAAUCCAUAUCGGGGCUGAAGACUUGCAAAAAUAUGAGUCUGGUUUGAUCGUAUUCAAGUUCAUUGAUGGGCAUCUGGCACACUCGAAUGUUCAACUCCAAGUUCUCAUUGAUGAUCACAUGUUCCCCUCAUAUACUUCAGAGAAAAUCAAGUCUAAAACAGCGACAUUUGCAGAUGUGGGUGACGCGUUUGUGCGCGAGCUUGAAUUUUCACAAAUCACACUCAGGCUUGUUGACAAUUCUAGUGAAAAAGAAGAAUCUCAUGUUAUUGCUAAGUUGACUGGCCCAACACUGUCCACCCUGCAACGAUGCCUAUAUACUCCAACCGAGCUACAACUUCGAUCGGACAGUGGCGCAAUUAGCAAGAUCAAAGUCAGUCUACGUUUCAUUCCGGCUCUCAUGAAACUUGAUCCCAAAGAGUCUAUCAACAACUCUGGCGACCUCAGGGUUGAUAUUCUCGACGCCGCCGAUCUUCCAUCAGCAGAUCGUAACGGUUUCAGUGACCCUUACUGCAAAUUCAAGCUCGAUGGAAAAGAUGUCCACAAGACUAAGGUGCAGAAGAAAACUCUUCAUCCUGCUUGGAAUGAAUACUUUGAGACACCGAUCAAGUCGAGAAUUGGAGCCGACUUCCGCGUGGACGUGUACGAUUGGGACUUUGGUGAUAAGGCGGACUUCUUAGGCGGAGCUCCCAUUAAUUUGGAGAUGCUGGAGCCGUUCCAGGCUCAAGAAGUAACAUUGACACUAGACGGAAAGUCAGGUGCGAUCAGAUUGAAACUCAUGUUCAAGCCAUCCUAUGUCAUUCGGUCUCGUCAAGGCAGCUCAACCUUCUCAGGAACAUUUGCUACUCCAGGUAAGAUUGUCGGCGCGCCUGUCAAGACUGUAGGCCUAGUCGGCGGUGGUGUUGUGAAGGGUGCAUCUUUCCUCGGUCGAGGCUUGAAGAAUCGCUUCGCACGCGGAGAUAAAGAUAGUGAAGAAGCUGAAGUUGCGACACCUCCUCGCGAAGACUCGCCUCCAAGGACACCCAAUAUCAAGACUGACGGCAGUCUUUCCCGUGCUCCAGGACUUGUUGUCGAUCCGGCCACACCUACUUCUCCCGCCGAUACCCCGGAUAGCUUGCAACGUCGUCACAGCCGUACCCGCAGCAUAAGGUCUCAGUUUGGCGGCGAUAAGAAUGCGCUUGGGUCUGGAGGGGGAGGAACAGCGCUUAUCACUCUUGUUUCUGUUACAGGAUUUCCUCCUUCGGCCAAUGUCCGUUGUCACGUUCGCCAUCUAGGCCCCAAGGGUGCUAAAGAAGUCCACAAGACCAAGGCAGUCAAAAGUGCUGAAGGAAGCAUCCAGUUUGAUACAACUCACGAAACUGUCAAGGUCCCCAAUACUACUGCUGACGCUCAGUAUUCACUGAAGGUUGUGAACCACAGCACUUUCGGCUCCGAUGAGAGCCUUGGAGAAGCCAUCUUCUUUGUCGAUGAUCAGGGAUCCUCCAUGAGCAAAGAGAAGACUGUGGGCGUCGGUUCUGGUAAAGUGGUCAUCAAGAGCAGUUUCACUCCCAACGAAGUUGCCAAUGGUCGUCCCAGCACAGCCACCUCGAUCAACGGCGACAACGAUGCUAGCAGUGAGACUCCUGAUAAGAAGCGACGAAGCUUCUUGUCUAAGCGCAGCGUCAGUGGUGCUUAG